AUUACGCAAACUCGGCCGUUGGCAGCGCGGCAUUGGAAUCGUUCCAUCCGAGAAGCGACGCGUGGGAUCUUGCUAGCGAGCGCACGCAUAUAUGGGAGCUCACCCGGAAAGGUCCUCGUAUAACUGGCAUCGUCCGUGACGUGACCUUGACCCCGCGUCGCUCUGUGGGACUGACGGGUUGUUUCCGCCACGGGCACGCUUCCUCGGCGAUAACGUCACGAAACCUUCUUGCUUACACGCACCAUCGGUUUCGCCGACGCGUGUACUCGGCACUCUCGACGCGGUCCGUACUCGUGCUGUGCGUUAACUGCCCACCAACCCGUCUAUGGGAGCUUCCGAUGAUGAAACGCAUACUUCCAUUGGUUCUGUGUGCCGUGAUGUCCGUCGCGGGAUCGGCUUGCCGGUCUGAGCGCUGCGAUUCGAAGAGUGUCGCACGAGAAGAGGCGGCGGCUGAGCGAUAUCUGACGGGCGAGCUGGAGUCGGCCCAGAACAGGAUGUGCGCUGACAUCGCGACCGCGCUGUGGAAUUACAACGCCGAGCCAAGUGAAGCCAGCGCUGUCAGCCUGGCCGAAACGUUGCAGCAUUACUCCGCUUUCCAAACUGAGGUCUGGAGCAAUGCGACGCGCUUCAACUGGACUUCUUUCACAAAUUCCACCCUUCGCCGCGCUUUCAGCAAAUUGUCUCUCUUGGGUAAGAACGCCCUGGAUGACGAGAACCUCGCCAAGUACCUUCGGUUAGAGGCGCUGCUCUCAGGCGAUCGUUCCAACGUCACCUUGUGCCAAUACAAAGGUGGCUGGAAAGAUGGCGAUGAAAGUUGUCAUCUCACCUUUUCAGACUUGCAACGCAUCGUCAGCCUCUCGGAGAACAGCGCUGAGCUCCUGCAUUAUUUCAAGCAGCGGAUGAAGCAGGCAAGGCGUUUCGGAGACGCCUUUUCUGAGCUUCUGCGAAUUAUCGCCAUGGAAAGCGAGCUUAAUGGCUUUAGGAACGCAGCAGACUACGUCAUGAAUUCUUACGAAUGGCCGACGUUCAGGGAAGAUGCGGAAGCAUUCUGGAACAAACUGCUCCCGCUGUACCAGCGUAUGCAUCGCCUGGUGCGAGAGAGGCUGGUCAGGAAGUAUGGCUCUAGGAUCGUGUCCCCAACUGGUCCUAUAGACGUUCACCUACUGGGCGUGCAGGGUUACUUGACAAGCAAUGCGGCAGAUCUGACAGACCGUUUGACGGCGUCGACAUGGAAUGAUGAAAACUCUCCUGUGAACUCGAAGUCCCAAAACUUUACUGCAUUCGAAGUGUUCAAAGAGGCGGAGUACUUCUACGUUUCUUUGGGGCUGCCGCAGCUGCCUAGGAGUGUUUGGGAGAAGUCUAUGAUUGCAACGUCAUCGUCGCGGGACGCCGAUUUCUCUUGCGAGGCGUCUGCUUGGGACUUUUGCGAUGGACAAGAUUACAGGAUUAGGAUGUGCACCGAAGCAACUGUCGGUAGCCUGGGAACAGUGUUCCACGAGAUGGGACACGUGUAUUACUUCAUGCUGUACGCGGAGCUGCCGCAUGUCUUUCGAACAGGAGCCAAUGCAGCAUUCCACGAAGCUGUUGCAGACGCGCUGUCAUGGUUGGCGAUUCAAUCUAGAAGGCUUCGAGAACAUCUCGGAUUUGGAAUAACAAAUCCCGUAGCUGCGGAGACACAUCACCUACUGGCGCUCGCCUUCGACCACGUCGGACGACUGUUUUAUGGAAUCGCAACUAGCAAGUGGAUCUGGACAGUGCUGGACGAACCUGUAACCCGCGAGCGUAUGGACUCCCUAUACUGGGAUAUGAGACUAAAAUACGAAGGAAUACGUUCACCGUCGGAUACCCAGACGGACAGUUUCCGCUCACCUGCGGAUUAUGAUUUUCGCGCGCACAUGAACCGAAUCAGGUCCAUGUGCAGCUUUGUUGUGCAGAUGCAGAUCGCCAAGUACCUGUGUGGAGGAGCGAAUCGCACGGGUCCACUGCACGAAUGCGACGUUUUCGGCUCUGAAGAAGCAGGCAGACGUCUCGCGUCAAUUCUUAGGCUUGGAUCAUCAAAACCCCUGGCGGAUCUUAUGGAAAUUAUCAGUGAAGGUCAGCGAAAAACUAUGGAUGCGUCGGCUACUCUCGAAUACUUCUUGCCCGUGAUGGAGUGGCUGCAGGAUAAUUCUGAAAGCUACGUCGGAUAGAGUCAACACCGGUAGUUACAGGUCGCAGUGGCGCUUCUCCGCGUUUUAAUCCACCUCUGCCCAUUAUACGUAAUAUGGGUCAAUGAUGUCAAUCGGUCGUGCGAUCUGAUAGCUUUCUACGAGACACCAUCGGAAACACCUGAAGCAUGGUGCACCAUUAAGCUUUUUUUUCUUUCAGAGUAUGUAUAC